AAUUCGCUGGUCGCUGCAUACGAGGAGCGCUGCGUGGAAAAAUCAAUACUAAUAUAAAAAUUAACAAUGGCCGCUCGGAUCGCUGCACGGGCACGGGAGGAGCUUUUUCGGCGAUUCGUCGUGGGGCUUCGUCCAAAUCGGCCAUGAACACUACUGAAGGCACCGAAAAUGUAUCUCCAAUAUCGGUCUUUAGACUACGCCUCAUAGAUAGACUGCAAAAUUUGCCGUGCGCCAAGCAUCGAAAAGGGCCGGAAACGGUAGAGAAACGGGAGCAAAAUAGAACAAUUCUGUGGCAGCAACGACUGGGUCACAAAUCGUCCCUAACCCGGGAAAAUAACGAAUGAAGCGCCAUCAACGCAGCAAUCGGGGUGAAGAACAACAUCGCAUGGAAAAAUUGCUAUGCGAGUCGCUUCAGUUAACCCGGUAGAGCGACCCAACACCGUCUGAUGUUGAUGGCACACCGCCGUUCUGGGUCAAUUUAUUGAUCGAUUAGAAACACAUAUUCGAAUCAAUCAAUCUGUCGUUCAACCGAUAGGCAGUGCAGGAAGGCAGGUGGUUGCUCAAUUUGGAACGUAUACGACGAACGAUUUUGUAUUAUCACACACCACACGGACGCACACACACACAGAGGGGCACAAAAAUGCACGGCGUAAGGAAGCACGGGAAAGGAUCGCGACGCAAAGCACCCGAAGAAGGCACAUGUGGCAGCCGCCGAGCUAUCCGCCCUGUAAAAUGUGUCCAAAGUUCGCUCAAAAGUCUACUUCAUUGUGAUUAUUUAAACAUUCCUGCGGAAAGUACUGCACUACCAGCCACCAGGCCCCCGGCAGCUACCCAUGUCGUACGAUUAGUCACGGCCGCCAACAAUGGAACCGCCCAUAACACAGCAACGAGCCCGAAUAUUAACAGCAGAAGAUCACUGUUCAGCAGUCAGCUUACCACGAAUGCUAGGGUUCAGGAGAAUAAGGACUUUUGUGCCGCAAUUCCCGCACUAGAACAAUAUCAGCAGCAGCAGCAGCCGGUGUUCGCGGCAACGCACCAUAGAAGCAGAACGAAAUUACUGUACAGAAGAUGUCUUGUUCAAACAUGUUUGGCCUUGUUCUUGAUAUUAGGGUGCUGUGAUGCAGCUAAACAAGAAGUUUUACAAAGUGGAUCGGGAUGUGCAUUUCCCAAACGAUGGGAAGGACAAUGGUUUCAAUCUGGUGUACAACAGCCAAUUACUAUUGAAGGUUCCACGUUAAGUACUAGAGGCCGGUGCAUCGCUAGCGAAGGCGAUAAGUUUUUAUUAGUCAAUGGCAAGGGAUGUCACCGGUGCGUUGUAAUUUAUCAGAAGCAUAUAAACAUACUACAGUAUAAAGAAAGUGAGUGUGAAGAUUUUUAUACAGGCCAGUUGAAUCCAGCUGCAAUGCCUAUUCAUAGCGUUUUAAAAAGUGAUCGGGGCUUAGCUCAUCCCAACAUGAACGGGCAUUCAAGAUUAUCGUCAUCGGAUCCGUAUAUGCGAUCCAAUGAAGAUAGCGACAAUUGCAUGGGAUGUAAGGGGCGUGAGACGCUACACUACCUUUGCGAACAAAUCCCGGGCGAUGCGCUGCUGUACAGUAUGUUUAAAAUAAAUCCAGAGCCAAUUAAAUGUCCACUAUCGGGAUCUUAUACCUUCACCUACAACCGAGGGCACGGAGAAUGCAGAAGCCCGGUGUCGAACAUGGAAAUGUGUACAGAAGACAGUAGACUACUGCUAAGUUUUCAGGCUUGUCCUGACGUACCUGGGACCGAAAGCACCGUUGAAGAACUAACAUGCCUAGCAUGGUGGAAGGACGGCAAUUCGCGUUAUCUCGUAGGACUGGUUUCGCAUCAUCACGCCACUUCGAACGAAGAACGGUUUAGAUGCUUCGUGUAUGAAAAACUGAGUGGUUCCGAUGCCGAAUACAAGCUGGCGCAAUCGGGUGACGCCACGUGCAACGGUCUUGAAAGUGCAGAGGUGGGUUCUCGAAUCAUGACACUGAAGAAAGCCCCCAUGAUGGAUCGGUGCGACUUUCCCGUAUGGUUCAAGGGUCCUCGCUUUUGGCACGCACUGAUGGGAAGUGCCCAUUACGUUUUCGACGCCAGUGACGGAUCGUUGCACAUAAAAAAGCCCAAUGGCCACACGGUAGCCCGUUCGCUGUGUGAGCAAAUCAACAAGCAAACAUCGUCCGAAAUGAUGGCGGUCGUCCAUCACACAAUGGGAUGCAAAUCUGGCUUCAUGUGCGUCAUGUUCUACAGGCGAGACACUCACGUCGCCGAGCUGCAGAUGGGAACUCCGACAGCUCGACUCGAAGAUGCGUGUACGACGGAAAACUUUGACGUACAUCGGACACCAUUCGUUACGCUGCUAGCCAAUAACUCCGAAACACAAAUCUGCCCAAUGGAAGGCCAGUAUUUGAUGAAAGGUUUCCUAACACCAACUUCAUCCAUAUCGCGGCAUAAGCGAAACCACAACAAUAAGGCACGCACUCACCGUCACUGGGAUGUGGUCGGGUACCGAAACCAGGAGAGCAUCAUUGGUAACGGCGGCAGCGGCAACAGUGGCGCGGUCGGAGGUGGUGUCAUUGGCGGUGCGUACAUGGGGCUAGAAGCGAAGCGUCGAUCCUAUCUGCCACGUACGCGACGCACGGUGGUCGACACCAGAAACGACACGUUCGCUGUCCACAAGGGACUUGAAGGAGACGUGCUGCGUGCGCGAAGGGAAACGGCCGGAGGCUGUAACAUUAAUCACAGCACGAAUCGUCAUCUGCUGAUUGGUUGCAACGAAAACAGCAUGAUUGAAGUGAAACCAAAAUGUAAAAUCGACGACGAAGAGUUGUACACAUGCCAUGGCCACUGGCAGGAGAAUCAGACGACGUACAUCAUAGCUAAACACUCAAUCUCCCAACACGGCGUGUGCAUCAGCUACGUGCCAACCGAGGGCGCCAAUCACAUUCAAAUGUUCGUCGGUGACACUUGCCAUCGGGCCAAUAUGCAAGCGAGCGUGCAUAAAUUGAUCCCUACCAACGUCACCACUAACGGUACUUUCUAUCGUUCAUUGUUUAGCCUGGGCAGUGCUCUACAACAUCCGUUUUUCGUUUCUGUUUCUUUCGAAGGCAAAUGUGGCGAAACGAGCGGUGCAAUCCGUCUUGGACACCAUUACAGUAACUGGCGGCAUUCGGUAUUCCUAGCGAUACUGCUCAUACGGUGCGUGUUGAGAUGAUCAGUUGCAACCGUUAGCGGAAGCGAACCGGAGUAGAGUUGUACGCCACGCAGCAGCACCGUUCCGGUGUGUUGCGUGUGUGGUGCAGGUGAUGAGUUUUUGUGUAUUGCGCACGCGAUGCGUGCGAAUCGACCGGCGGCGCCAAGUGUAAUAGUCAUAGUUAGGACGGUGCGGACAAGUAAUGAAUGCCUUGUACUGGCGUCGAACACUUACACAAAACACACGACUUUUGCUAAACAACAAAAACCAGACGGCGGAUUAGGUCGUUGUGUGUACUAGCCGAAAGAGAAACGGUCUGCACCCGGGCCGAAAUUAGUACAUCGACGAAAUGUACAAAGUGAAUCUGUAACACACAGCUAAAUUGGGAAUAAAAAGGCUAAAUUGUUUUUUAUUAUUAUUAUUUAUUUUAACUAGGUUCGUUUUACGUUGCAUUUUUAAAUAUCUACUUGUUGUGAUACGAAAAAAAAACUACCAUACCACUUGCGGGGUAAACAGAAGCAAAAAGUACAGGCUAUAGUAAUCUAGGGAAAAUAUGUUGAACUUGGCCUGCAUCUUGUCGCCACUAUACUUUAAGGGAAUCGAAAUCCGGAGGCUGACGGAAGUGGUGUGAUGAAUGAGUGUGCAACCGCAGUGAUGAUGUUUGUGUUUUCUGCGACCGCUGUUUCUCGUUUCUCGCGUAAAUGGUGAUUGAAAUAUGUAUUGCGCUUUGUAAAAAAAACCCGGCAACGUCGUGUAGGAUUGGUGUAUUGGUUGGCUCGGCAGCCGGUCCGUUGGUGGGCAUGCUUCAAGCUAUGAAAACUCAUUCGUGGAUUCGUUUGCAAUAGAUAUCAGAAUUGGUUUACUCGACCAUGAUGCAAGAGGUGCUACGGGCGGGUACUUUCGACCUGUUAGCGCCUCGCCGCAAAAAAAACCAGGUGGAUUGAAUCGCUAAUAAAUUACAAUAUUGCACAUAUAUAUACACAAGCAAAACCAACGAAAACUAAAGUAAAUCAGCGAAAGGAAAAGAGAGUCGGCUCGAGCUCGAGAAGAGAGAUUCACGCAAAACAUGUUGAAAUAAGCGCAAAUUUGCUGCAAUUAAACGAAGCAGCGAAGAUGGAAAGAUGGCAAGAGGAGUUUGAACAUCGGCUAAAUAAUGCAGAAUAAUAAUCAUUCGUUUUGACUUAUGUAUCCAAGGUUUCCUAUAAAAAGUGAUUGUACAAUGGUAAACGAAACAAGCAAAACACAAAACAAACAGAACUAUGCACUGAAAGAUUUGUGCAAAACCGAGCGGCAGCGUCGUCAUUGCGGAGUAGCAGGCAAGAACACAGAAAUGAGACAAGAGAAAAACGAAAAAAACUAUAUAUACAUAAUUGAUAAGAUGAGAUAAAUAUUAGAAAAGACGCAACAGGAAUAUGACACCGACCGGUGACAGUGGGGGCUGAAGGUAAUCUAGUAAAAUCUGUGCAGAGGGAAAGACAAACACAACCGCGUGACCACGGUGUAAUAGAAGAAAAGACGAAACUGGAACGACAAUUUUUAAGCGCGCAGGCAAAGCGGAAAAUACCAUGCAGUUAAUGAAAACAAGUACACACACACACACCACUCACACACACAGUGACACAGAAAGUACUCUAGGCUUUUUAAAUUAAAUUAUCAUAAAACAACAAAUUACUAAGAAGAUCUGAUAUUUUUUGUGUAAGUACUCGAUGAUGAAGUGGCGCGUCGCGAUGAUGAAGGCAAAACGAAAACACUGGGGACUACAAAACGACAGUGACCGUGAGAA